GAGGAGCAGACGCUGCCCCGAAGCCCUCGAGUGCCUCGAUGGAGAGGCAGAGGAGCACCGAGCUCCCGGCCCUUGACAGCUUCCCGCUGAAGCACUCGAACACGCUGACGAACAGGCAGCGCGGCAACGAGGUCUCGGCCCUCCCAGCCACGCUGGACACGCUGUCCAUCCACCAGCUUGCUGCCCAAGGAGAGCUCAGCCAGCUGAAGGAGCACCUUCGGAGAGGCGAGAACUUGGUGAAUAAACCCGAUGAGAGAGGUUUCACACCGCUGAUCUGGGCUGCAGCCUUUGGAGAGAUCGAAACGGUCCGUCACCUGCUGGAAUGGGGCGCUGACCCCCAUGCGCUGGCGAAGGAGCGGGAGAGCGCCCUGUCCCUGGCCAGCAUGGGUGGCUACACCGACAUCGUGGUCAUGCUGCUGGAGAGGAACGUGGACAUCAACAUCUACGACUGGAAUGGCGGCACCCCUCUGCUCUACGCCGUGCGUGGCAAUCACGUCAAGUGUGUCGAGGCCCUACUAGCUCGUGGUGCCGACCUGACGACGGAGGCGGAUUCUGGCUACACCCCGCUGGAUCUGGCCCUGGCCCCUGGUUUUUUUUGCGGGGACACAAGAAAGGCAAUCCAACAGGUCAUCGAAAAUCACAUCCUCAGGCUGUUUCAGAAGAGGGAGCUGGAGUGA